ACACAACACUACGCGAAUCAGCAACGCAGCAUGUCAGUGUUUUGGAAACCAGGCACUUCUGGUCCUGGAGGGCUUGAACGUGGAGACGAGUCGGAGUCGCUUCACAUCGUGGAUCCCAAGCUCUCGAAGUUGCCCUUGCAAACUCAACGACAUGCCCUACCCAUUUAUCGACAUCGCAACAGCGUCUUGUUCGCCGUCCAGAAACACCGAGCUAUCGUGCUCGUCGGCGAGACGGGAUGCGGUAAAACCACACAGAUCCCACAGUACCUGCAUGAAGCGGGGUGGACAGCGGGGAAUCGCGCUGUGGUCUGUACCCAACCACGACGGGUGGCGGCUUUCACCGUGGCAACUCGCGUGGCAGAGGAGAUGGGGUCGCGCUUAGGGGAAACAGUGGGAUACUCUGUUCGUUUCGACUCAAGGGUCGGUCCGGCGACCAAAGUCAAGUUCUGCACGGACGGAAUGUUGUUGAGGGAGAUGAUGCUGGACCCGCUGCUGACGGCCUACAGCGUGGUGAUGCUCGAUGAAGCGCAUGAGAGGACGAUCUACAACGACAUCUUGUUCGGCCUCCUCAAGAAGAUCAUGCGGAAGAGAAAGGAACUUCGCGUCAUUGUGGCAUCAGCUACUCUGGACGCUGAGCAAUUCCGAGAUUUCUUCGAGACCAACACGAGCAAGAACGCUAACGCGAAUACCGCGACAAUACUGUCGAUACAAGGACGUCAGCACCCUGUAGACGUGCUCUAUACGGAAAAGCCGGUCUCCAACUACGUCCGGGCCGCCGUAGACGCCGCACUCGCCGUUCAUUCCUCUGAGCCGGUGGGCGAUGUGCUGAUAUUCUUGCCCGGGGCGGAGGAGAUCGACGCUGCGGUGGAAAUGUUACGGGAUCAUGCGCCACAAUCGGCAACUUCGGGAAAGUGGGGGGGGUGGGGGGGCUCGACGGCAAAGGUGGUUGGAGAGGGAGGUCCGUUGCAAGUGUUACCGUUCUAUUCGGCGUUACCAAUAAACACGCAAAUGAAGGUGUUCGAGCCCACCAGGCAAGGGGUGCGGCGGAUAGUGGUGGCUACUACCAUAGCGGAGACUUCCGUCACGAUAGACCGUAUUCGAUACGUCAUCGACCCCGGGUUCAUCCGUCUUCCGUUCUACGACCCAGCGCAAGGGUUUGGGGCGUUGUUGACAACUCUGACGUCGAAGGCAUCGGCGAAGCAGCGCGCUGGGCGGGCGGGACGAGUUGCGCCUGGAAAAUGCUUGCGCCUGAUGACAGAAGACGAUUACCAUGCCCAGCUUCCCACUCACACCAUUCCAGAGAUGCAACGGUCGGACCUCAGCUGGGUUGUGCUGUUGUUGAAGGCCUUGGGCAUUGACGACAUCCUCCACUUCGAGUUUCUGUCGCCUCCAGCAGCGGAGACGAUGAUCCGAGCCCUGGAGUUGCUGUACGCUCUAGGGGCCCUUGACGACUCUUGCCGGUUAACCGAGCCCCUCGGGAUGACCAUGGCCGAGUUCCCUGUGGAACCGUGCUUGGCAAAAUUCUUGGCGUCAGCUUGGGACUUCGGCUGUGUUGAGGACGCCCUUACCGUAGCCGCCAUGCUGUCGGUCCAAAAUCCGUUUGUCUACCCUCGCGGCGGGGGGCGCGAGCGCCGAGAGCGUGUUCGAGCGGCGAUGGAGGAGUUCGCCGUGACGGAGGGAGACCACAUCACGUACCUCAAUGUUUUCAAUUCUUUCGACGAGACUAGCAACGAUUCUGAGUGGUGCAAGGAGAACUGCCUCAAUCAUAGGGCCCUGGUUAGGGCCGGAGAAAUUCGCCAGCAGCUCUCCAGGUACUGCAAGAAGUUUGCACCUCCUGGUCGGCAGGGGUCAAGUUGUGGCGACGACGUCAACGCGUUACGCAGGUGCUUGGUUGCCGGGUUCUUCGCCAACGUAGCUAAGCUCUCUCCAGAUGGUCGGUAUCGUACUGUUCGCGACAGCACGGUGGUCGCCAUCCACCCGUCUUCGGUCCUAGCGCAUUUCGGGUCCCCUCCUGAGUGGAUCCUCUUCAACGAAAUCAGCAGGACGUCGCAGCUGUUCGCGCGAGACGUCAGCGUGGUCGAUCCGAGAGUUCUCCAGUUCGAAGGCGAGGCCGUAGGGUGGUUGAUUGAGCUCGCGCCGCAUUUCUACGAGUUCCGAGGUGCAGGAGGCUCCGGCGGGGCACCGCGGCUUGGCACCAAGAAGCGGCUGGGCCCCGAAAGACCUACUGCUCACAACUUGGAAGAGAGCGAUCCGCGGCCAAUGAAAAGCGUUCGCCUUGGCGAUGCAGAGUAGAGGCUACCGCGAGAACUCGAUAGUAGACAAUGCAGUGUUGUAAGGGUUGC